AAAACGCCCCCAGAAGUGCUCAUAAACCAACAUGAGUCUGACUUCGCUGCAGUGAGCGGCGCAGCUCAGUCCGCUCCUUCUCCCGGCGCCCAAACGCGCAUCUGCCGACACUAAUAAUGAUGAUUUAUAUCUGGAAAUUUUCCAGGGUCACUCCAACAGGCGUUGCCUGAUACGAAUGUGAAGUGCACGCCGAAUUUAUUGCUUCAGCAGCUGCUGUGAGAUGUUCGGCGUUUGCCAUGGCCAGAGGUCUGUUUCCAUGGGGGCUCUUCAGGAAGCCUGUGUACAUCCAGGCCAGAUUCUCCUACCUACACAUGAAGUACCUGUUCUUCUCCUGGCUGGCGGUGUUCGUGGGCAGCUGGAUAGUGUACGUGGAGUACUCGUCCUACACAGAGCUGUGUCGUGGGCAUGAGUGCAAAAACUCAAUAUGUGACAAAUACAAGAAAGGGGUCAUUGACGGCUCAGCCUGCAGCAGCCUGUGUGAGAAACAGACUCUCUACCUGAGAAAGUGCUACACUGCCAACCCCAACAGCCAGGUUUACUCGGGGAGCUGGGGAGACCUGGAGGGUGUUAUUAAGUGCCAGAUGGAGGAGGCUCCUCAUUACGAUUUGGGAGGUGAACCCAGGAAGGAGGCUGCUGCAGCCUUCAACAAACCAACCAAGGGAACCUCGGUGGAAAAGUUCAGAGAGAUGAUCGUCGAGCACCUUAAGGCCAAAGUCGGGGAUCAGGCGAACCUCGCUGACCUGGCAACUCAAGUAUUGUCGAUUGCAGAUGGCAAUAAGGACAGCCACAUCUCACUGCCAGAGGCUCGCUCCACAUGGGCUCUGCUGCAGCUCAAUGAAUUCUUAUUGGCUUUGGUCCUGCAUGACAGAGAGCACACGCCCAAGUUACUGGGCUUCUGUGGAGACCUGUACGUCAUGGAGAAGGUGCCACACGCUCCCUUGUAUGGGAUUAGUCUACCCUGGAUCAUUGAGAUGUGGAUCCCUGCCGGUCUGCGCCGCAGCAUGGAUCAGUGGUUCACCCCUUCCUGGCCACACAAAGCCAAGAUCGCCAUCGGACUGCUGGAGCUGGUCGAGGACAUUUUCCACGGCACUUUUGGCAGCUUCCUCAUGUGUGACGUGAGCGCCACCACUUUCGGCUACAACGACCGCCACGACUUGAAGGUGAUGGAUGCUCGUUACAUCGUCCCUGAAGCCAUCUUCCAAGAAGUCAUCAGGCAGCAGCGCUGCGACGUGGAUGAGGACUGCCUCUACGGGGCCGACUGCCUCACUUCCUGUGACCUUACCAAGCAUCGCUGCACAACAGAGGUCACCAGGCCAAACUUAGCCAAAGCCUGUGACGCACUCAAGGACUACAUUUUGAGGGGGGCGCCGUCUGACGUGCGCGAGGAGCUCGAGAAGCAGCUGUACGCUUGCAUCGCGCUGAAAGGUUUAGCAGAACAGAUGGAAAUCGAACACUCGCUCAUCCUGAACAACCUCAAGACUUUGCUGUGGAAGAAAAUCUCUCACACUAAAGAUUCCUAAUAAAAAGGCAGGCGAGCAUUGCACAACAGCACAAAGACCGACUCCUUCCCUUUAAAUUCUUAAUGGACAAUCAUUUUCACUGUGGAGACUAAUAUAAUCCCGUUGUAUUCGUGCAUAACAGAUGUAUCUCGAGUUAGUACUACAGGAAUGUCACUUUAAUAUCUACAAUCAUAUACACAAGUGGACUCUGUUACGAUUGACUGCAGUAUACUGAGAAAGUGCAAUUUUUUGAAACCAGGAUGAAGAUGAAUAAUAAAUUUGACUUAACCUACAUCAUCGUUUGGGUAGCUCGUGUACUCCACGUGUCCUUCACUGAUGAACAACACUGGAAACACAAAACUACACAAAGAUCCAAAUCAGUAACUUUUCCUGCAGAAACUAUCAGCCAUUUUUGUACCAGCUGGACUGAGUGUAACAGA